AUGGCGACAACUCAGAGUCGAGGCAAUUGCCAGGGGUGCCGCAAAUCAACAGGUAAACUCUUGCGCUGCCAAGCUUGCAAACAGGCCUGGUAUUGCUCCAUUGAAUGUCAAAAAGAAGACUGGAAAACGAAUCACAGAAAACAGUGCCGAGACGUUGCGGCCUCGAAUAAGGCUCAGGCGACUUGGAAUGAAUUGCGGACUCUCAUGGCGUCCGCGUCGCUUGAUCAGGCACAAGAAGGCUUUCACAAAGCAUCCGAUGCGGUAAAACAACUAAGAUCUGAUGAUGCAUACGGGCCAACUGUGAAGGACACCUCGAGUGUCCAAGCAGGAUCCGACCACGAACUACAGGCACUGGAAACGUUGCGGGGGAAGACGAACACUUCUGCUACCCUGUAUAGUCGCCCAGAGACUCGUGAAAAUGGACUUCCUGUAAUAGUGACAAAACAGUGCUCGAAAUGUUUUUUUCACGUGGAAGAUAUGGCUCACGUAUCGUGUUAUCAAGUCUUGAUACGACCGAACGAGACCGAUGGGGCCAUAGAGGCAGAAAAUUUGCAAGUCUCAUUCAAUGCGUUAAAGGAAUCAACCAUUGUCAAGUUUUGGUGCACUGGGUGCAGCUUGACUUUGCAUCUUUCUGGUUGCCUCGAAGACUCACCGCGAGUGUAUGCAAUGGAUGAAGGGGCAGUAUCAGUCCGGCUUCCAUACGUACCCAACACAGUUGCUUACGACGACGAAUUCUCUAGUCCAGCAAUGAGUUUGCCCUCGGAUUUUUCCUUAGGCUGUCGUUUUUGCAAUCAAACGCUAGUGCGACGAGACACUAUAAACCGAAUUUUACCGCUACCGUCCGGGAGAUGGGACGAAAUGGCCGACUACUUGACAUGCUAUCCAGGACAGGCUGCGAUCGAUUUUUCGGCAUCGACCGACGGACAAACUGGGCUACUAUUGUACGACCAGACCGCUUUGGUUUUCCAUCGUUCAGAUUUAUUGGACGAAAGCGUGGACGUGUUGGCUGUUCCUGGCUACGGAGAAGUAGACUCUUCCGAUGAUCAAGGAGUGGAAGAUCAGCGCUGGGAUCAGGAUGCAUCUGCUGUCGUUCGUGGUGAUCGCCCAUGGCGACCUCUGGUGGGCGGGGCGUCUUUGACUUGUAGUUGCUGCUGUAGCGUCGUGGGCGUCGUUCCUGUAGAAAAGCCAGAAACAGUGCGUCUUUGGAAGCAUCGAUUGCAAACGACGACCAUAGGUGAACCAGUUCCGUCGGAGAUAGCCUCUUGCGCUACGUUUUGUGUACACGAGAUGAUCCGGUACGCCGAAACAAGGGCUAUUUUUACCUUUGUCAUUGAUCAGGUAGGUAGCAAUAUAUGUUUAUACUGUCGACUGGUCUCCUGGGACACGAGAACGGCAACAAUCGACGAGACGACGACGGUAGAACGACCGAUGAAAUUGUACCCUACAGCCAAAGUAUUGUAUGAAGAAGGCACCAUAGAGCGACAUAGUAAGGCAGAUUUCUCUAAAAAUCCCGUCUGGAUGUGGAGUACGGAUUGGUGCUGUCCAUCCGACGCGAACGCAUCAGCUAUGUCGCCGACAUCGGUACACACAAAGGCGAAAUCUACGGCUGGGUCAGCGUCACUAGUUCAUAUUCAAGUGGAACAGCUGGAAUGGAAGUCCAUUGAGCAAAGUUUCCGGGAAUCGUCAUGUGUUUACAGCCCAAUUGUUGUGCAAACAACGAUACUCGCCAAGACAGGACGUCACUGGGACGCAGAAGGGAACCGAGUCUCCCUGGCCGCUAUCACCCUAUAA